AUGUCUCAGAAAGAGCAAGAAAGACAAGAAGCUGACCCCAGCUCUAUUCCAUGGUAUGAGUCCCUAGACCCUUAUAUCAGCUCUCUUCCUUGGGAUGAACAGGUGGAAUUAGAGGAAAAGCGAUUGGAAGAAAUGGAGAAUGAAAAUCUCAUGAACAGAGAAAAGAUUAAGAUCCUGACAGAAGAAAAUGAGAGAAAGAGCGCUGAAUUAGAAAAAUUAUCCUACCAGCUUCAGGAAAGGGAAAGUAUUAUUGAGGAGAAACAAUUGGCUCUCCAAGAUAAGAAGAAUCACGAGCUCCAAGAAAAGCUUGAUGGAGCUCUGGAAAAAAUUAAAGAUCUGCUCCAAAAGGAGGAAAAAGAGAGCAUUAAAGGGGAUAAAAUGCUCAAGAAGAAUGAGGAGCUCCAAGAAAAGCUUGAUGGAGCUCUGAAAAAAAAUAAAGAUCUGCUCCAAAAGGAGAAAAAAGAGAGCAUAAAACAGGAAAACAUGGUCAAGAAGAAUCAGGAGCUCCAAGAGAAGCUUGACGAAGCUCUGGAAAAACUGAAAGAAAUCCACCAAGAAGAGAAGCAACAGUCCACGCAGCAGAGAGACCUGCAGAGCAAACUCCAAGCCAUGGAGGAAAAAUACAAAGCUCUGCAGGUGAAACAUGAUAAAACUCUGCACAAAAGUCAACAGUUGCUUCAAGACAAGAAGCAAAUGGAAAUGAAACAGAAAGAAAUGGACUCCAAGCUUGACGAGAUGGAGGAAAAACACAGAUUGCUCCAAAUCAAGCUUGAGAAAACAGUGCACAGAAACAAAGAGUUCAUUCAAGAGAGAGAGCAACAAGAAAUGCUAGAGAAAGAAACAGACUCCAAGCUUGAAGUCUUGGAGGAAAAACUGAAAAUGCUGCAAAUAACUCUUGAGGAAACACUGCUCAAAAAUAAAGAGAUGCUUCACGAGAAAGACCAACAGAAAAUACAUCAGGAAGAAAUGGAUUGCAAGCUGAGGAACACCGAGAAACAAAAUGAAGGCUUGCAAGUAAUGCUUAAAGAAGCUCUGGAGAGAAAUAAAGUGUUUCUUCACGAGAAAGACCAACAGAAAUUACAAAAGGAAGAAAUGGAUUGCAAGCUGAGGCACAUCAAGAAACAGAAUGAAGGCUUGCAAGUAAUGCUUGAUGAAGCUCUGGAGAGGAAUAAAGUGUUGCUUCACGAGAAAGACCAACAGAAAAUACAAAAGGAAGAAAUGGAUUGCAAGCUGAGGAACAUCGAGAAACAAAAUGAAGGCUUGAAAGUAAUGCUUGAUGAAGCUCUGGAGAGAAAUAAGGAGAUCCUCCAAGACAAGAAACAAGAGCCCGUAGAGCAGAGAGACCUGCAGAGCAAACUCCAAGCCAUGGAGGAAAAAUACAAAGCUCUGCAGGUGAAACAUGAUAAAACUCUGCACAAAAGUCAACAGUUGCUUCAAGACAAGAAGCAAAUGGAAAUGAAACAGAAGGAAAUGGACUCCAAGCUUGACGAGAUGGAGGAAAAACACAGAUUGCUUCAAAUCAAGCUGGAUAAAAAAGUGCACAGAAAUAAAGAGUUCAUCCAAGAGAGAGAGCAAGAAGGAAUGCUCGAGAAAGAAACGGACCGCAAGUUUGAAGUCUUGGAGGAAAAAUGCAAAAUGCUCCAAAUAACUCUUGAGGAAACACUGCUCAAAAAUAAAGAGUUGCUUCACGAGAAAGACCAACAGAAAAUACAAAAGGAAGAAAUGGAUUGCAAGCUGAGGAACAUCGAGAAACAAAAUGAAGGCUUGCAAGUAAUACUCGAUGAAGCUCUGGAGAAAAAUAAAGAGAUCCACCAAGACAAGAAACAAGAGCCCGUAGAGCAGAGAGACCUGCAGAGCAACCUCCAAGCCAUGGAGGAAAAAUACAAAGCUCUGCAGGUGAAGCAUGACAAAACUCUGCACAAAAGUCAACAGUUGCUUCAAGACAAGAAGAAAAUGGAAAUGAAACAGAAGGAAAUGGACUCCAAGCUUGACGAGAUGGAGGAAAAACACAGAUUGCUUCAAGUCAGGCUCGAUAAAAAAGUGCACAGAAAUAAAGAGUUCAUUCAAGAGAGAGAGCAAGAAGGAAUGCUCCAGAAAGAAACGGACCACAAGUUUGAAGUCUUGGAGGAAAAAUGCAAAAUGCUCCAAAUAACUCUUGAGGAAACACUGCUCAAAAAUAAAGAGUUGCUUCACGAGAAAGACCAACAGAAAAUACAAAAGGAAGAAAUGGAUUGCAAGCUGAGGAACAUCGAGAAACAAAAUGAAGGCUUGCAAGUAAUACUCGAUGAAGCUCUGGAGAAAAAUAAAGAGAUCCACCAAGACAAGAAACAAGAGCCCGUAGAGCAGAGAGACCUGCAGAGCAAACUCCAAGCCAUGGAGGAAAAAUACAAAGCUCUGCAGGUGAAGCAUGACAAAACUCUGCACAAAAGUCAACAGUUGCUUCAAGACAAGAAGCAAAUGGAAACGAAACAGAAGGAAAUGGACUCCAAGCUUGACGAGAUGGAGGAAAAACACAGAUUGCUCCAAAUCAGGCUUGAUAAAAAAGUGCACGGAAAUAAAGAGGUGCUUCAAGAAAAAGACCAACAGAAAAUACAACAGGAAGAAGAAAAACUUAAUCUCCAGAGGAAAAAUCAAGCACUCCAAGAAUUGUAUAACGAAACGAAGUACAAAACAACUGUACUGGAAGGAGAAAAGAAAAAACUGGAAAAACAAUGCUCAGCGAUACAGAGUAGCAUCAAUGAGAUGCUGAGCAAAAAUACCGAACUUGAGGAACUUUCUAAGACCUUGAAGUACAAAAACACUGAAAUCCAGGCGCAAAAGCAAGAACAACAGAAAACACAUAAAGACCUCCAGUGUAGACUUCAAGAAAUCCAGAAGAGAAACCAGCAGCUGGAAGACAUGCACACAGAUGUGCACAAGGCAAAGCGAAUAGAGGAGGCAACAGUUAAAGAACUGAAAGACAAGCUUAAAGAAAAACAAGAACAAUUAGAAGACAUGGUGAAAAGAUGCAGCAAACUUGAGAAAGAAAACACAGAAACAAUGGAUGAGCUGAAAACCCUCAUCAUUGAGAAAAAAGUGCUCGUGGAACAGUGUCUGAAAAAGAAGAAAAAACGCUUCCACUGGUUCUGGAGGAGGGACACUGCUGCUUCUCACCUCAUGUAA